AUGUUUUUCAGAAUUCCCAAAAGAUAUGAACAACACAGUGUCGAAAAAGAACCAAUGAAAACAACAGUUAGUUUUAUCGCAGACAUUAAAGACAAAGAUGGCAUGAGAAACUAUCCACCCUAUGUGACUUCCUACAGUUCCCAGGGCUUUAAUAUUAAGGGUAUCAAAGUUUUUGGUUCUGUAGCUCUUCUUCCAACAAUAUUCUAUCACUGGCGGGUAAGUUCUUUUGUGUGUGAGUGUUAUCAUUAAUUUAUCCAUGAUUAUUGGCAACAAUGUCUGAACAAGCUAAUAUAUGUUGAGAAUUAAGGAAUCGAUCACCAUCAACAUCAUGACUUGUACAUAAUUAUUGAAAUAUCAAAAGUAGGUUGAGUUUGAUCGUCCGGAUGAACGUAGUCCUGAAUAGGACUGUUCUUGUUAACAGUGAGUGACGUUUCGACAACCUGUGCGGUAGUCAUCUUCAGAGUCAAAGUGAGUUGUAUCAUGUCAGUUGAUGGUAUUAUACUCUGGUUAUUGAUCUGAUUGGUCAACUACGUCACGAUGUUAUUGGUCGUCUGUCAGUUAAGCCGUGAUAUUAUUGGCUACGAAGACUCGUAAUCAGUAACUGACAUGAUACAACUCACUUUGACUCUGAAGAUGACUACCGCACAGGUUGUCAAAACGUCAGUCACCAUCAACAACAACAGUCCUAUUCAGGACUGCGUUCACCCGGACGAUCAAACUCAACCUACUUUUGAAAUGAACCCUGGGUUCAAACCUUUCACGCAUUGAAAUAUCCUCCAACUUCACUCUUGUAUGGGUUUGCAUACGUUUCUGAUGCAUGUACAGGAAUAACUAAUGUACACUUGCAAAAACUUUUUGGUAUUUUUUUUUAGAGAUUCUGUGCUACUGAAGGCCCACAUAUUAAAUAAUCAUAAGUCACGAUCACUUUCAUAAUUCUUAAUGACAGUGCUACAUGUAUCAAUUUCUAUUUCAGUGAUUAUGUUUGCACCUUACUGUUACAAACAAUAGUUGUCCAGUGUGAUUAUGUACUAAAACAAAUACAGAAACUCCCAGUGCUGUACUUCACAAACAAUAAACAUUCAUUUCUCCAAUUACUAGCAUUUAACCAUUUCAUCCACUCUUUAUUUGAUACACAGUACCAAAAACAAGUGCAUCUGCAUCUGAGGGCUAUAAUAUGACGCACUUCACAAAAUAAUACCUAUGACAGUUAGUAUCAGAGAUUGCAUGGGUUAGCUUUUAUUGAGCAAAUGCAUCUGCAUAUUAGCUUGCUGUCACCCACUAUCUUUUAACUAAGGGAAAGUUCAUUUUUGACAGGGGGGGAUGAAGAUUUGACUAAAAUUGAAAAAACAUGUAGGGGGGUCAAAAUUUGUAAAUUCAAAACCAACACAUGACAUCAUCAUACAGAUCGGAUGGUUUUCAACUCAACAAUUUAAUGAGACCUAUACAAGAUUUGUAGUCUCUAACCCUUCCUUGUUCAUCCCAAAAUGCUUUAGAAAAUUGUAUCACAACUGUAUCUCAAGUUUGACAUAGUAUUUAAAUCAAUCUUUUUCAGGGGAGCAAAGGAAUAGAUCUGAAAUUUCUAAAGCCAAGGCACUGGAUUCAAAAUUUGAACUUUCCAAACCAGAAGGACACUUAACAAGAGCAACCCCAUUUAAAUCAAUAAUAGAUCAUUUCUAAAGCCAAGGCACUGGAUUCAAAUUUACUCAAACCAGAAGGAGAUUGAGUAUAUCUCACUUUACAGUGUUAGAGCAGAUGUUGAAACAUGCCCUCCCCAGUUACACAAUUAAAUCUAUUUCUCUUCCACCCUCCCAUCCCUGACAUUUUACAGGCUUCCUCCCCCUGAGCUUUGCAAGGUUCUGCAAUACAUGUAUUUCUAGUUAUAUAGUGAAUAUCAUUGGAUGGUUUUAAUUUUGCAAGUAAUGUGAUGACUUGCUUUUUGCAUUUCCUUCAAGAUAAAGCAAGCUGAGGAUAUCAACCCAGAAAGUCUUGCUCUUUUUACAAUAAUGGAACCACCCAUAGGUAUGUUUGUCAUGUUAUUAAUAAAUCCUAUGAUCAGAAACAGAACUCUAAGGACACUAGCUCUUUGGUACCUGGGACAAAUAGAUCCUCAGCAGUCCCACUGUGCUACAAUCUUGGACAAAAAUGUUAAGAAAAUGGAUGUUGCCAUUUCUAGUUUCAAGAUAAAGUCUUAAAAGCACUGGCAAUUUGAAAUACUUUCCCAAAAAAAUGUUGAAGUCCAACUGGAUCAUUUCUGCCCCCAACUGAACAACCUGGAGGGGUGGGGGGAGGGGUCCUUGUGGUAUAAAAUCUGUAGGAUGUGGGUCCUGUCAGGUAAAAAACUUCAGAGUUUUUAACACUUUUUGUCCAAGAUUGCAGCUCCUAGAAGAAGAAUUUUGCUCUGUAGACUACCCAGCCAGUUGUCAUUGAAUAUGGGUGAGCAAGGUGCGCUCUCAUUCCAGUCAUCACCCUCUCUCUAAUAAGCAUCCAACCUCAAAUGCAUUUUUUUUCAGUUUGCAUCCCUAGUGCAUAGGCACCCUCCUUCCAAUAAGGAUGCCUAUACUGAUUAGUUCUCCCAUUCUUUUUCACUGGUAGAGUACAUGUAAAUUGAGAUCAAGUGGUACAUCAAGCCAUAUAAAGGAAAUCAUGCAAUAAUGAUCCCUUUGAUGGAAUUACAUUAUGUGCGCUGAAUCAGACAUGCGGUACUUGAAAGCUUUGGUCUUGAUGAAAGCAACAUGGAAGCUUAACUAAUGAAUAGACUGGUGACUUUAAAAAUUCUCUACCAUUAUUUGAUGAAUGUUUACUGUAUCUUUGUUUGACAGUUUCAGUUAUUUUCCUUUAAGCAAAUGUCAAAGCGUUGUCUCCGCACUCAAGUGUUUCCCAAAAAAGAAAUAAGUUCCCUGUCCUUAAUAAAUACCCUGUUUCAAAUACAUGUAAGUGCCCUCCCUUAAGGUAACAUAAGUAAAAAAGCACGUCAUGGGCUAAAUUGAUCAUUAUGGUAAACAUUAUGCAAUCUACAACAAGUAUAAUGUAAUAAUUAAAAUCAGUGUUGUUGUUUUUAUAUCUAUGUUAGAAAUUGUGGUUGUGGGAACAGGAGAUAAGUCCUCGCGUCUGGACCCCAAAAUACAAAGCUACCUCAGGAAGCACUAUAUUUCUUUGGAAGUUCAGGAUACUGUAAGUGGCUUUCCCUUGAUAUUCUCUUCCCCUGAUGUACUGUCCUCUGAAGACAUUUUCAUCCUGCUCACAAUGUUUAUUAUGUCCAUUUGUCCUACAGGCAAAUGCUGCAGCAACCUUUAACUUUCUUCUAGAAGAGAGGCGGUUAGUUGGAGCUGCUCUUAUUCCACCUAAGUCAAUUGUUGAACAUUAAAAAUUCUGCUGCAUGUCUUAACGAUCUUAACUACAUGAAGGAUUGGAACUCCCAUACAUGAUAGGUUAAGUACCAUAACAGCACAAUACUUUUAAGGCAUGAUAAGUUAAAAUCUCAUGAAGAGAUUUGCUGUAAAACUCCCUCUAAAAGUUACAGCUCCCUGAAACAAAAGGAUUUGGAAACUUUACUUCAGGGAUCUUAUUUUAGACUCCGUAAGAUGGAUGCUUACAACAGAGUUACCAAAAGCAAAAAAGCUUCAAGGCUUAUUUUUUUCAGAGCCGUUAACACUGAUUAUACUCAGAGGGACUAAAAAUAGGCAGAAAUGUGCAUUUCAAAAACUGCAAGAAAUUUCUGUCCACAGAAAGUUUUCAGUGUAGCAAUGAUAAAGUUAACGGCAUUAGUUUUCUUCAAACAAUUCAAAAAUGUCAUUGAAAAUGGAAACCCUAUAUCCCAUGAUUAAAGUUCAGAUAUAGCUGGCUGGAAUUCUUAAAAUAUCCCUCUACUGGAGUUUGUUCAAGUUUUAUCCAUUUACUUAAAGUUGUUCAUGGUUUUUGAAGAUCGCCUUCACACCAUGUGAGGGGAUCGGCA